AUGGCACGUACCAAGCAAACCGCCAGGAAGUCCACCGGAGGAAAGGCUCCAAGGAAGCAGUUGGCCACCAAGGCUGCAAGGAAGUCUGCUCCGGCAACCGGAGGAGUGAAGAAGCCACACAGAUUCAGGCCAGGAACCGUUGCUUUGAGGGAAAUCAGGAAGUAUCAGAAAAGCACUGAGCUUUUGAUCAGGAAGCUUCCGUUCCAGAGACUUGUGAGGGAAAUCGCCCAGGACUUCAAAACCGAUCUCCGAUUCCAGAGCUCCGCCGUCGCUGCUCUUCAGGAGGCAUCUGAAGCUUACUUGGUUGGACUCUUUGAAGACACCAAUCUUUGCGCGAUUCACGCCAAGAGAGUCACAAUCAUGCCUAAGGACAUGCAACUCGCUCGCAGAAUCCGUGGCGAGAGGGCUUAA